AUGUCCAACAGCAGCUCCAUCACCGAGUUCCUCCUCCUGCCAUUCGCAGACACGCGGGAGCUGCAGCUCCUGCACUUCAGGCUCUUCCUGGGCAUCUACCUGGCUGCCCUCCUGGGCAACGGCCUCAUCCUCACAGCCAUAGCCUGUGACCACUGCCUCCACACCCCCAUGUACUUCUUCCUCCUCAACCUCGCCCUUCUCGACCUGGGCUGCAUCUCCACCACUCUGCCCAAAGCCAUGAUCAAUUCCCUCUGGGACACCAGGGCCACCUCCUAUCAAGGAUGUGCUGCACAGGUCUUUUUCUUCUUCUUUUUGUUUUCAGCAGAGUAUUUCCUUCUCACUAUCAUGGCCUACGACUGCUACGUUGCCAUCUGCAAGCCCCUGCACUACGGGAGCCUACUGGGCAGCAGAGCUUGUGCCCAGAUGGCAGCAGCUGCCUGGGGCAGUGGGGUUCUCAGUGCUGUCCUGCACACGGCCAAUACAUUUUCCCUGCCCCUCUGCCAAGGCAAUACUGUGGAUCAGUUCUUCUGUGAAGUUCCCCAGAUCCUUAAGCUCUCCUGCAGAGAAUCCUAUCUCAGGGAAGUUGGAUUUCUCAUGUUCAGUGCUUUUUUGGGGUUUGGCUGUUUUGUUUUGAUCAUGCUGUCCUAUGUGCAGAUCUUCAUGGCAGUGCUGAGGAUGCCCUCUGAGCAGGGCCGGCACAAAACCUUCUCCACAUGCCUUCCUCACCUGUUUGUGGUCUCCCUGUUUCUCAGCACUGUCAUAUUUGGCUACGUGAAGCCCCCCUCCCUCUCCUCCCCAUCCCUGGAUCUGGUGGUGGCAGUUCUGUACUCAGUAGUGCCUCCAGUAGUGAACCCCCUCAUCUACAGCAUAAGAAACAAGGAGCUCAGAGAUGCUGUUAGAAAAGUAGCUUCACGGAUGUUUCUGAAUAUUGAUAAAUUUCUCCUCUUUCUCCAAAAGUGA